AUGGCGACGGCAGGUAGUCGUCUGCUGAAAAUAGCUUUGCUGACGUUGUCAGUGUCUGUUGCUGUAUCUUGGGACAAUAUUGACUUUGAGAUAUUUGAUUUAGUGGAGGAAGUGAAUUAUGUGAACUUCUAUGAAAUUUUAGGUGUUGACCAGAGUGCAACAACUGCUGAGAUCCGCCGGUCUUACCGCAAGUUAUCCCUGCAAUAUCACCCGGACAAGAACAAGGCUGAUGAUGCGGAGGAUCAGUUUAGACGGAUGGUUGCAGUGUAUGAAGUCCUCAAGGAUGAAGAAAGAAGACAGAGGUAUGACCAGGUGCUGGUGGAGGGGCUCCCUGACUGGAGGCAGCCGGUGUUCUACUACCGCCGUGUCCGCAAGAUGGGCAUGCUGGAGAUGACCGGCCUCCUGGGCUUCAUCCUCACCAUUGGACAGUACCUGGUGGCGUGGGCUGUCUACUUCGAGAAGAGGCUCUCCCUGGAAGACUUCUAUGCCUCAAAGAAGAAGAAGGUGGCCGAUAAGAACAAGAAGAAGAGCAAGGUGGGGGUGGAGGAACUGGAGGAGGAGAUAGAGGAAGAGCUGAAGUCCCUGCCCCGCCCCCAACUGAUGGACUUGUGGAUGUUCCGCCUGCCUGGUUUUCUGGUGUACCUGGUGCGCAUGUCACCUGAAGCAGUCCGGGCACUGAUCGAGCUUGUCAAGUCUCGGAGGGAGGUGGAGGAAGAAGAGGAGGAGGAAGAGGAGGAGGGCCAGGAAUCCACACGGAAAGCAAAACGGAAGAAGGUGGAGAUACCUGAAUAUCAAGCCGAUCUGUAUCAGCAUCUCCUGUCCAAUCAGACAGAAGCGGAAGUUCAGUCUGCAGAGAGUGAACACAAACACAAUAAAAAAGAUGGAGACUGGACUGAUGAGGAGCUGAUACUGCUGGCGAAGGCUGUCAACAAGUUCCCCGGGGGAACAGUGAAGCGAUGGGAGAAAAUAGCUGACUUCUGUGGCAGGACAGUUGAGGAGGUGACUGUUAAAUCUAAAAAGGUGAAAGGUGGCGCUUUUGCAAUGAACCUGAGUUCUUCUGUUCAAGGUGGUAGUUUUUCUGGGAAAACCAAGAAACAAGAAUGGGAUAUAAGUGACUCUAUCAUAACUACAACAGAUUCAGUAGCAUCCUCAGAAAACACAGAGGAGGAGAAUAAACCAAGGAGAAGAAACAAACCGUCCAAAGUGGUGAAAACUGCUGAUAGAUCACUGCAUAUACCUGACAGUCAGCCAGUCUCCAAACCUGCAGCUGCACCGCCCUCAGAGAGGGAGGCACCUGCCAGUGCGAGUGGCUUGAGUCAGGACUCAGUACAGGGUAAUACCACAGAGUCUGUGAAGCUAAAGACUGGGGAUACAACAUGGACUCAGAAUCAGCAGGUCAUAUUUGAGUGGGCUCUGAAGCAUACACCAAAAGGGGUGGAGAAGAGAUGGGAGAAAAUUGCUGAUCAAAUUCCAGGAAAAUCAAAAGAAGACUGCAUACUGAGGUUCAAGCACCUUGCUGACCUGGUCAAGAAGAAGAAGACUGGCCAGACGUCUGAGGAACAGAGUUGAGGUCUUGGAAAGUGGAUCUUCUCUUGGUGCUAACUGACUUACCUAGCAGUGCAUUUAUUAUGGACAAGCAUUACCUAUGGUGAAAUAUAGCCCGUGGGGGCUCUUUAUGAGGCAUGUGAUACAGAAGAUACAUGUAUAUAAAGGCAAUGUUAUAGGAUGUGGUGGGAAAUAUUGCUAUUUAAUGUGAUGGUGUGUGUUUAUGGGAUGGAUGUCGUGAGGCACCCUGUGAUAAAUGUUUCAGGAUUCUAUUUUGAAACAUUAUUUUGAUUUUGUCUUUAUGGGUAGAUUAUGCAUUAUGUCUUCAUGCAUAUAUUAUGCACCAUACAUAUUGUAAAACUAGAAUAUAUUCUUGGUUCUUGGGAACUGCAUUGAUGACAGGUUUCGUAUACACUGCUUUCCUCCAUCAGUGGUGGGGUAGCCUAUUGGUUAAGACAUUGGCUUGUGACGCCGAAAACCCGGGUUCAAUUCCCCACAUGGGUACAGUGUAUGAAGCCCAUUUAUGGUGUCCCCCGCCGUGAGAGAAUAUUGCUAAAAGCGUAAAACCAUAUUCACUCACUCACUUUCCUCUCUCAAACAUGAAUGCAUGUGUCUGAUUUUAUGUUUUUAGCCAUCUAAGAAAAUAAUGCCGUUUAUGACUCAUGGAGUGUGUGAGUGAGUAUGGUUUUACGCCGCUUUUAGCAAUAUUCCAGCAAUAUCACGGCGGGGUCACCAGAAAUGGGCUUCACAAUUUGUACCCAUGUCGGGAAUCGAACCCAGGUCUUCGGUGUGACAAGCGAAGGCUUUAACCACUAGGCUACCCGACUGCCCCUAUGACUCAUGGAAGUCCUAAGAGCCAUACUCAUGAAGGUGGCCCGUGAAGAUCUGUGUAGUGGUCUGCAGCAACCCAUGCUUGCCAUAAGAAGCGACUAUGUAAGGGGCGACUAACGGGAUCGGGUGGUCAAGCUUGCUGACUCGGUUGAUGC